CGCGACUAUAUAUACCGACGUUUUGAAACUUAGGGUAUAAAAAGGCCCCAGUUUCUAUUCGCUCUCGGAAAAUCGAACUUCUUGCUCCAAAGCAAACACCACGCAGAAUCCAAUCUCUCUCUGACGAUUAAUGUCGACGUUUGAACUGUACCGGAGGUCGACGAUCGGGACGUGCCUGACCGAGACUCUUGAUGGGAUGGUCGAAAACGGAACACUCACUCCCGAGCUUGCUAUUCAGGUUCUAAUCCAAUUCGAUAAGUCUAUGACUGAAGCCCUGGAAUUGCAAGUGAAAACUAAAGUGUCAAUUAAGGGACAUCUGCACACCUAUAGGUUCUGCGACAGUACAUGGACCUUCAUUUUACAGGAUGCCGUGUUUAAGAGCGGGGACUCUCAGGAGAAUGUCAGCCGGGUUAAGAUGGUGGCAUGUGACUCGAAGCUACUCACGCAAUGACUCAUCUGAGAUCAAUGUCUUUGCCAGUAGGAAGGCAUAUGCUUGCUGAAAGUGGAGAUCUACUUGCGGCUCAGUCUUUAGUUAGGGAUGAUGGAUUAAAACUGGUGCAUGUCUAGUAUUGUUGUUUCUGUCUUCUAGUUUCAUCAUUUUCUAUUAUUGAUUCCCAGAUGAUGAAAUUAGCAUGAACGUUAUUGAUCAAACCAUCGAGAUGAAGAGCUUAUAGUAAUGGUUUUAUCCCUUUGUUUUA